AUGAUGCAGAAGAAGCUUACCUAGACGAAUAGACAAGCUAAAAUUUAAGAAUUCACUCCAUCCUAAUUGAUUUAGAAGCAAUUAUCUGGAUAGAUUUUUGAAGAUGCACAUCCAAAAAUCAAAAUCAUAGAAUUUUAGAAUCUGGCUGACUUCUCCUCUCAACCAGUGAGUAGUGUCCCGAUCGAUGAACCGCUGUUUGACCCAAUUCCGCCAAUAAUACAAUUUACAGACUAUGAGCCAUUACAAAUAAAGGAGAAGAUUUUCAAGUUGCGUAACAAAGAUCGGGUAGCUCGAAGGGUUAAAAUAUAUAAGCCUGACUCGCGCUUAUUUUAGGUUGUGCCUUAAGGCAUUUAUUUUAUGAUUAUCAUCCACUAGGUAGCUCCAGGUAUGGAAACCAACUUCAUUAUUCGUUUUUCUCCGGAAUCGAAGUCAGAUUACAACUAUGAUGUUAUUGUUGAGACAGAAAGGGAGAAAUUUGUUGUGCCAAUCGUUGCAGUGGGAAAAAGAGCGAUGAUAGAUUUCCCUGAUUCUCUUGAUUUUGGAAAUUGCCCUGUUAAAUACACUACCGAAAAGCCAGUUAUCAUUAGAAAUCUAGGAGAGAAGACCACCAAAUGGUUCUUGAAACUACCCUUGGGUUUUGAUGCCGACAAGAGGGAGGGAGUCUUAGAAUAUGGCAAGAAUGAGCAAAUUGUCAUCAAAUUCUUUCCAACCGAAGCUAGAUCCUAUAAGAAUAAGGCAAUUUUAUAGUAUGAUAACAUGGAGGCUUAUGUGCCCAUUAUCGGAGUGGCACACAAUGGGAAUGUGUAUCUAUCUAAAAGUCAAAUUAAUAUGACUGAAGCCUUUAUUGGUCUGCAAUUGCAGUAGACAUUAUAGAUUAUCAAUAAAUCAAAUGUGAAAGUGGAUUUUGAAUGGAGGGCUUUUGCAACAGAGAAGGAGGAAUAAGAAAAGAAGAAUAGAUUGAGGAAUCAAUUGGAAGAGGAAGAAGCUGAGGAAAGAAUGCUUAUUAAAGAAUUGGUCUCAAAUGAGGGAGUACAUGAAGAAUUGGAGUUAGAGGAAGAUGAAGACAGUGAGGAGGAAGAGAGAGAUGAAAAAGCUAUCAUUUUAAAGAGACAAAAGAAGGCUGAAUUAUAAUUGGCAAGGAAAUAUAGAAACAUUCGUAAGGCCAUUGAGGAUGAUCUACUUCUAUUCAUUGAUGAUAUAUUCACGAUUGAACCUACACAAGGAUAGAUUUGGCCAAAUUCAGAGAUGACAGUUACAGUAACCUUUGUGCCAAGAAGUGCCUUUCUCUAUUAGACUGUGGCCUAUUGCAAUAUCUCUUGUUCAGAGGAGAGAUUGCCUCUGAAUUUGUAUGGUCAAGGUAUGGGUCCAAGAGCAUUUUUGAGUGUUUAUGAGGUGAAUUUAGGAGAUGUGUUUGUUAAUGAAAUUCAUAAGACAGAGGUUGUGAUAGAAAAUAGAGGAGAAAUAGAAUGCAAAUUUGAAUUGAUGCCAAAUGAAAGAGCAUUUGGAAAGAUGUUUAAAUUUGAUGUUGAAAGAGGAGUAUUAGCAGUUGGUCAGAGAAUGCCAUUCACAAUUACCUUCAAAUCCAGCAUCCCAGGUGAAUUCAAAGAGACUUUUAGAUGGAAAUUAGAAGGAUCUACAGAUUAAUUAACUAUACUAUUUAUUGGACAUGUGAUUGCUCCUACAUUCAAUUUCUAAGAUGAGAAAAUUCAAUUUGGUACUGUCAGUUAUUCAUUCGAACAAACCAAGAGCAUAAGAAUGACUAACACAUCUACAGUUGCAUUUACAUAUGAACUUAAAAUUCCUGGAGAUGGUAAAUUAGCUGAAAGGGAAUUUGAAAUCGAACCUAGAAGAAAUACUAUCUAGCCUAAAAAUUUCGAUGUAAUUAAAGUGACCUUCAUUCCAAAAUAAAUUAAGACAUAUGAAUAAGUUAUGGUUGUAGACAUUGAAGGUGUCGGUUAAGAUAUGUUAUCGAUACCAAUUACGGCUGACUGUCAAGCUCCAAGAGUGGAAUUGAGACCAAGUGAUAGAUUGAAUUUCAACAAAGGAGAUGAUUAAAAAGUAUUCUUAAGAAAUCCAUGUAAAUCAAGAGUGGAUUUAAUUAAUACAUCUGAAUUACCAGCCAAAUUCGUUGUUUUACCUCAGAAUGAUGAGUAUAAAGUAUUAGCAGAUUAUACAGUGGAACCAUCCAGUGGCAAGAUCAAUGGUAAUUCAACUAUGUCUUUGGAAGUGACAUUGACUACUAAGAAAUUAUAUGAUAUCACACUGCCAUUGUAAAUAAAUAUAGUUGGUACCAAUAAUGGAUAGCCUCAUGUGAUAACAAUUGUAGCAUUUUCAGAAGGACCAAAAGUGAAAACAUCAAAAACAGAAUUGGAUUUUGGAAAUGUUGAAGUCCUAAAGGAUUAUUCCCUAAAAUUAACAUUAACCAAUGAUAGUGAUAUUGAGGCUGAUUUCCAUGCCUUCACAAAGAAUAAAGUCUCUAUAUUUAAACCCAUUCAAAAACAUGGAAUUAUAAAACCAAAGGAGAGUUGUGAAAUUGAAGUGCUUUGUAGUGCUGACGAUGCUGUGAAGGUUUCUGAUGUCCUUCAUUUUGUUAUCAAGGAAGGUGAUGACGUAGAAGUCUAAUUGAAAGCCAAAGGAAUUGGGUCAACAAUAUUUUGUAAGGAUGAUUUAUCAUCUGUGAAUAUGGGAGUCAAUUAUACACACAGAAAAGUGACAAAGGAGAUCUUUGUUGAGAAUAAAGGCAGGAAAUAAUAAAAAUUACAAUGGACUCAAAAGAAACCACAAUAGAAGAAAGAAGAAUAAGAUUCGAAGAAUAACAAGGCUCCUCCUCCCCCAGAAGAAGAAUCAGUAUUCUCAAUUGCUCCUGAUACAAUCGUUUUACCUCCUAAGCAUGGAAUCAUGUUCUAAUUCAGAGGAUACUCACAGAAGAAGGGAAAGAUUUCAGAGAUUUUUAUGUUAAAUUCCACAAUAGGCACUGAAAGAAAAGCAAAUCUACUAUUUGCAACAACAAUUGAAGGUGAUUUCAUCUAACCCACUUUGUAAUUCUCAGAGAGGAAACUUUUCUUUAAGUAUUCGUGGGAGAAGAACGUUCCAUUUAUGCCUAUUUCAAAGAAUCUCGAAAUCACUUGUGCUUGUCCUCUACCUGUAAACUUUGACUUAAAGUGUCAAUAACCCUUCACUGUGAAUUAGGAUAAGUUGUAAUUGAAUCCAGGUAAGAGUGCAGUAGUUAGAAUUGAUUUUGAUCCUGCAUUUAAAUCUGAUCGUAAAUCUGGCGAUUUAGAAGGCAAACUCUAAUUGUCACAUUAUGAACAUCCUCAUAAGGAUCUGAUUGAUUUGAUUGGGUAGGUCAACUUUCCCAAUUUAAUCAUGGAAACAAAUCUUAUUAAUUUUGGAUCUAUUUUAUAUGAUACAACAAAGAAGAUGGUUAUGACAAUGAAGAAUCAAAGUGAAAUGGCAUUGAAUUAUGAAUGGACUUUCGUAAGUGAAGAAUUGUCUACUCAAGGACAAUAGCCAAAUAUCCCAAUUAAUGAAAUCUUUGACAUCUUACCAUUAAGUGGUUACAUGGAACCUGGGUCAGAAGAACAAGUAGAAUUUGUGUACAAUGCAAUUGGAGGACAAAGAUUUAAAACUACUGCUGUGUGUCAUGUUGAUGGUGGUCCUGAGUACGAGGUGACUUUGGUAGGAGAUAGUAGUUUAUUAUCAUCUAAAAUGAGCACUACUUUGAUUGAAUUAGGAGAUGUGAGAUUUUGUGAAUGGGUUUCUAGAGAAUUUACUAUUGAAAACACAGGAAAGGUUACUUUUGAAUUUAAGAUUGAUUUGAGACACAUAAAGAAGAAGGGAUUCGUGGAUGUACAACCAUAAAAUGGAAAGAUUGCGGGAGGUGAAAAACUCAGAAUUACAGUAAGAGUCUCACCAGUAAUACCUGCAGAGUUCAAGGAAAUUAUUUUGGUGUAGAUAGGAUAUUAUGAGCCAGAACCAAUUACCAUUAUUGGAAGAGGUGUCUAUCCUUCAAUGGUGGUGUAAUUGCCAAGAUCUGAAAAUCCCUUAUUUUAGUAAAAGUUUGAUGUUGAAAUUGCUAAGAAGAAGGCUGAUUUGGAAACUCAGACUAAGAGGGCUUAACUUAUAGCUAAGACAUAGAAUUAGAAGGUUUAAGUUAAGACUUUGGAGUAAGUAUAGUUGGAAGUCGAGAGGGACAUUGACAGAUUUGUGUUUUGUGAAUAGAUAAAGAGGACUGUUUUGGAUAAGUAGGAUGAGAGGACUCACUCAAGAGAUCAAAAAAGAGAAAUUCUAUGA